GUGGCCAGGCUGAGAGAGGGCGCGCGAGGCGACAGCUGUUCGCAUUAUCAACACUGCUUCACUGUACUCGCGACACCCCGCGCAAUCUGCGACAACGCGCGCGCUGGCAGACUCGUAAUCGGCGCGUCGUGUGCGACAUCACCAGUGGGACAGCGCGGCGAUGUGGUCGGAAGGGCGGAAGCGAUCAACAUGGCGCAACACAUGGGCCGGCAGUCCAGGGGGCCCCGGUUGGCACGGUUUGGAUGCUGCACCACGCAGAACCGACGAGCCCCAGUCGCACACCCAAUCUCCCCUCCAGAGCAGACAUACCCUCCAUGCCACCACCUUUCGCGAGUUCGCGUCGGCCUGCGCUCUGAAAUUCUCCAAGUCGCGGAACAGGAUGUCCUUUCGCUCGGCCAACAAUGAUCGCGAAAUGGUCUCGCCCGUCUCCGACCGAUCUUCCGGAGGGCCAACGGGGAUGCAUGCCGCCUUCGAGUCAGCAGUCGCGCCUCCCAUGGUACAGGACGAUAUGGAAGGUGUCCAAGUAAUCACAUCAGACAUCGAACCCAUCAUUCACACCCUGUAUGAACAAUCCACCAACCGGCAUCAGUACCUCGUGGCGGACCCUUCGACCAAAGAGGCAAUCAUCAUUGACCCUGUGCUUGACCGAAAUCCAUACUCACCAGGCAUCAACACAACCGCAGCUGAUCAGAUCUUGUAUCUCGUGAAGGAAUAUAAUUACCAUGUUGUCCGCAUCCUGGAGACGCACGCCGUCCAGGACCACCCCACAUCGGCAUGGUACCUGAGGACGCAAUUACGAGACAACGAUGGCCAGUUCCCACGAAUAUGUACUGGAAAGGCACUUGCAGGUGUACAGCGCAUGUUCGCAAGGCAGUACGGAGUGCAGAACGCAGGAUGGGGAUCGAAGUUCGAUUCUUUCCGCGACGGGCAAGUCUUCGCCGUGGGCGAGAUGAGGGUCCAAUGCAUCCACUUACUUAGCGAGCCGGACUGGUUCGGCUUCGUCAUCGGCCACAAUGUCUUCCUAGGCAAGGAAGUAUCCCAAGAAUCAAUGCAUUCAGCCUCAGUACGGCCUACGAUGCAGGUUGUAUUCAGGAAAUUGGCUAGAUUCGCAAACAACUACGCUUUCCAUCCACAAAAACAACAAGAAAUUUCCCGGCCUUCAACAGCACAGACAGAGGUAUCUGAAUGGAUGCACGAGCCCGCCACACCACGAGGCUCGAUCAGUAUGAGACGCAUGAUCAGCAGAUCGCACUUGGGCGGUAUAGGUGGGAGCAGGAGCUCCAUAUCCAGCGAAGCCUCGAGCAGGCAAUCACAACGACGUAUCAGCCAGAUUCCCGAACUUGCAUAGCGAGCAUAUUUCAAUCUUUUCGGGCACGAAUGAAAUCACAAGGAUUGGAGGAAACACAAACACAGCAUGGAUCACGGCGCACGAAUUGAGCGAUUUUCGUAUGUCUUUCAACAGUUUCGCAUUACAAUCUCGGAGAGAGG